AUGAUACAUCUGAUAUCGACGUUGAAUGCGUGCUUCGUCGACUACGACUUCUCCAGUUCGAAGCCCGACCAAUUCCGAAAGGAGAGUAACCUUUCACUCGUAAUGAACAGCGUAAACACAUCGCUGCAAUCGAUCAUCAAUAACUACAAGACAGAGAUGCAAGAACGUUUGUGGACAUCGAUAGACCAAGAGAUUGUACUAUCGAAAACUGAAAUCUAUUCGUAUAUACCAGAGUCACCCGAUCCUUUCACUGAAGAAGGUGUUAUUAAGGCAUUGGAGAUGGCAAAUAGUAGAGAUCAAAUUAGUAUGAGUAGAGAUUCGGAUUCAGAUGAUGAGUAUGAAUAUAAUGAAUAUGAUGAUGCAAUAGGUGACAAUAUGGAGAUGGAUAUUAGUUACUUCAAUGCCAGUACUAGAUCAACUACCACCACUGCUACCACAACUACCACUACAACCAACUUCAACAACAGCAACGGUUACAAUUUUAAUAACAAUUAUUACAAUAGCUAUAACUAUAACUAUUACAACAUUUACAAACUUGAUAGUUUAGAGAUGCAUGAAGAAUUGCGAAAUAAAAAUAUGUCAAAUAACCAUCGCGCCAAACUAAACCAACAUCUCGACAAUAUUUUUAUCUUUCUAAUAAGAUUAGAUGGUCAAAUGAAUGUCAAAGAUAAGAUAUCAUCCAUUUUAUUAAAAAAAUGUAUUGAGGAGCAUUACUUGUUGUCCCAUUUGCAACAUUUAGAUGAGAUAGUAGGACCAAGUGCAAUGGAAUCACUACAGGCACAACAAGAUUUCGAUUUGACAUCGUCGUCACAUCAUCAGUUUUCAGAGAUAGUUCCAAUUAUAUAUAAUCCAACAUACAGUUCACUAAGAUAUACAAAUGAAAAUACAAAUCCAUCAUCCUCAUCUUCAUCCUCAUCAUCAAAUAAUAAUAUUAAUACAACAAAUAAUAAUGAUGAAGAUACUAGAAUGAUAUCUAUUGAAGAUGAAGAUGAUUCAAAGGUGCCAAAUUCCGAUAGAAUAGUCGCACAUUUUUUGGAUUCCGCAGAGAGUGUCAUACAACAACAACACGAUUACUAUGGUAAGAAGAAGAUGAUAGCUGUCCAACCUUUGGAUUUAAUAGUGACCGAUCAGAAUUUCGAUGAUAUUGCCAGUCAUAGUAGCGCAGCAAGCAGCGCUAGCAACAAUAGCAACAGCAAUAACAACAAUUGUCAUUCACCACUUUAUUUGGAGUGUCUCCCCGUAGAGAUUCUCUUUUGUAUAUGUAAAUUCCUCAAUGUAAAUUCACUUAGAAACCUAUCAAUGGUUAACAGAUUCUUUCAAGAAAUGGGAAACCAAGAAGAUAUUUGGAAGCAUAUAUUUAUUGAAAGAUAUGGAGGUAAAUGUAAAUUACCUGGUUCAGUUUUGAAUUGGAGAUUGUUUUAUAGUGCACAUCAUCUAUAUACUGGGGAUUGGGAUAAAAAUAAAAAAGGAAAAAUGGUCAUUUCCAAAGAAGGACUGACAGUUUCACAUGGUGGUGAUUAUUUAGGUAGUUAUCAAUCUGCCAGAGGAUCACAUCGUAUUGAAUCCGGUUGUACAUAUUGGGAGAUUUUAAUAGAAUGUUUAAAUUUUAAUCAAACAGGAUUUCAUUUGGUUAUUGGUGUUAUACCGGAAUCGUUUACAGUAUGGCAAUCUUAUUUGACAAGUAAUGGUGGUUGGGGAUAUCUAGCGGAUGGACGCAAAGCAAACAACAGUGGCAAUGGCAUACCCUACGCAAAAGGAUUCGUUCAGGGUGAUCGUGUCGGUGUUCUCGUUGAUAUGAAUGAAAAAACCUUAUCUUUUUAUUUGAAUGGAGUAUCACAAGGUGUGGCAUUUAGAAAUAUCGAUCAACCAGUCUAUCCGGGUGUCAGCCUACUCACCGGUGGUCAAAAAAAGCUGCAGAGCAUAAUCUUUACAUAUUGA